AUGAAAACAACAACAUUGGCUUCACUUGAAGGUCUUCAGUCUCCAACUGAAGAAAAGCUUGUCACCAUUCUUAGUAUCGAUGGAGGAGGCAUUAGGGGAAUCAUACCUGCCACCAUUCUUGAAUACCUUGAAUCUCAACUUCAGGAAUUGGACGGAAAGGAUGCAAGGCUCGCAGAUUACUUCGAUGUAAUUGCAGGGACGAGUACUGGUGGAUUAGUGACGGCUAUGUUAACUACACCAGAUAAAGAGGGACGUCCUCUUUUUGCUGCUAAAGAUAUUGUGCCCUUCUAUCUUGAACAUGGUCCCAAGAUAUUUCCACAUAAUGGAGGAUUGCUUGGAUCAAUAAAAAGGAUGCUGAAAUCUCUAGUGAGACCAAAGUACAACGGGAAAUAUCUUCACAAAGUUAUAAAGGAGAAACUAAGGGAGACUCGAUUGCAUGAAACUUUAACCAACAUUGUUAUUCCAACUUUUGAUAUCAAGAAUUUACAGCCAACUGUCUUCUCUACAUUUGAGGCAAAAGAAAAUUCAUUAAUGGAUGCUCGGCUAUCAGAUAUAUGCAUCAGCACAUCUGCAGCUCCAACUUAUCUUCCUGCUCACUAUUUCAAGAACCAAGACAAAGAUGGCAACGUUCAAGAAUUCAAUCUAGUAGAUGGUGGAGUUGCAGCCAACAAUCCAGCUCUUGUAGCAACAAGCCAAGUGACCAAACAAAUCCUACACGGAAAUCCAGAUUUCUUUCCUGUAAAACCAGAGGAUUAUGGUCGAUUUUUAAUGAUAUCAUUAGGUACUGGAUCAUCAACAAAAAUGAAACCAAAAUACAAUGCUAAAACAGCAGCAAAAUGGGGUAUUUGCAAAUGGCUCCUCUAUGGUGGUUCAUCUCCAAUCUUGGAUCUUCUUACUCAUGCCAGUGAUGAUAUGGUUGAUUUCCAUAUUUCUGCCCUCCUCCAAGCACUUCAUUCCGAAAAUAAUUACCUUCGCAUUCAGGAUGACACAUUGAAUGGGACAGAUUCCUCUGUUGACAUAUCAACGAAGGUUAACAUGAAGAAAUUAGUUGAAAUUGGGAAGAAUCUGUUGAAAAAAACAGUUUCAAGGAUUAAUUUGCAGACAGGUCUACUUGAACCAUGCCAACAUAGUGGCUCAAAUGAAGAAGCUCUGAAAAGGUUUGCCCAGUUGCUUUCUGAAGAAAGGAGACUUAGGAAAUCCAAGGCAGCUUUAACAGGCAUAAGAUCAGAGUAG